GCGCCGAGGAACCAAAAAUGGCGCUUCGCCUCGGAGGUGGCGGCGCCGCUGCUAUUUUCGACUCCGUCGGCGACACGCAGGCCUCAUGGGUUCCAACAAAAAAGGCGCCGUACAUUGCCGAGCCACCUCCGUUCGCUCUGUGCCCGAACCUGCCGAAAAUCGCUCAGGACAGAGGUGUCGUCAGCGCCACCAGGGCGGCUCUUUAUUCCAGACACACACCUCACGAGUGGUUGCAGAGCAACAUGCGCUACUACCACGAGGCUGACUCGACACGCAACCUUGCUGAAAGGUUGCGUAGUGAGGCCGUUAGGGUUAUGAGGGAAGCGCAGGAAUUGACUUCAAGCGCACAGCGGGACUCGGGCCGACGGCUGGGCGAACGGAUUUCGGACACAACUUUCUGGCAGCACGAAGUCUCAGCCGAAUUAGAAAAAUUGCUGGCCGAAAGUGCUUUGCUGGCUGAGACUCGGCGGUCGCUCGACAAGGCGGCCAAAGACUGCGACGGGCCGCUGCACGUGGCCCAAGAGUGCCUCUACCACCGCGAAAACAGACAAGGAAUUGAUUUGGUGCACGACCAGGUGGAGAUUUCACUGCUCUCUGAGGUGGACACGCUGAAGUCGUGCCAAUCCCGGCUGCGCGCUCUCCAUGACAGAGCCAAUGAACAACUGCGAUCCAACAGAGCGGCCCAGCACGAGCUGGAACGUGAUUUGCGACAAAAAGAGUCCGCCCUUGAAAUUGACUCAAAAUGCCAUGGCCUCUCCAAUCAUUCAAAAGAAAUAAAUUUUUACUCCGGAAUCGAAAAGGUUGAUCCUACUGUCAGCGUACCUGAGACAUGGGCGCAAUUUAGCAGCCGCAACGUUCAGCGGUCGGCAGCCGAGCGAGCUUCGAGUCGGCAACUGCGUUCUGAAGCCGAUCUGCUCAUUUCGACUUGCGCCUCUGAAAUGUGGGACGCCUGGAACAGGACCAACAACAACCUGGCAAAGCGUUCCUCUGAAGUCAUGGACACAAAAUCCAAGCUAGAAAUGCAUCUUCACAAGGUUCAACAAGAGAUAUUUGACGUUGAAAGAAACAUGUCCCAGCUUCGAAGGGCCAUUGCAGACAAAAGUGCACCAAUGAGAGUGGCACACACGAGGCUCGAGGCGCGAAUUCAUCGACCUGACGUUGAACUCUGCAGAGACCCAGUCCAACACAGACUUGUCAAAGAGGUUCAUGAAAUUGAGACCAGCGUCGAGCGUCUGCAGCGGAAGUUGGCCGAGGCGGAAGCGCAGCACCAACAGUUGUUGCGCACCAAAGCUGCCCUCCAGGCCGACCUGCAGGUCAAAAGUAACUCUCUGUUCAUUGACCGAGAGCGGUGCCUCGGAAUGCGCAGGGGUUAUCCCCUCGGCUCGACGGUCAAGUACUGAAGACGUCCAGACAAGCUUAGUCGUAGCCUAGCCUGUUAGACUCAU